GUCCGACUGCAAACCCAGCCGAAGCCGCAGCCUGGCCAGCCUCCGCUCUAUUCUGGGACCUUUGACUGCUUCAGAAAGACUCUGCUUGGAGAGGGAGUGCGAGGAUUAUAUCGAGGAAUGGCAGCUCCUAUUAUCGGGGUGACACCCAUGUUUGCUGUGUGCUUCUUUGGAUUUGGCUUGGGAAAAAGGCUGCAGCAGAGAAAACCGGAUGACGUUCUGACAUACCCUCAGCUGUUUGCUGCUGGCAUGUUGUCGGGAGUGUUCACGACAGCGAUCAUGGCUCCAGGAGAGAGAAUCAAGUGCCUCUUGCAGAUCCAGGCAGCUACAGGUGAAACUAAAUACAGUGGCUCCUUGGACUGCGCCAAGCAGCUGUACCGCGAGGCUGGGAUUCGUGGCGUGUACAAGGGGACGGUGCUCACCCUCAUGCGAGACGUCCCAGCCAGCGGAAUGUACUUCAUGACGUACGAAUGGCUGAAGAACAUUCUGACCCCGGAGGGAAAGAGUGUGAGCGACCUCAGUGCGCCUAGGAUCCUCUUUGCUGGGGGCCUGGCUGGGAUCUUCAACUGGGCGGUUGCCAUUCCACCAGACGUGCUGAAAUCCCGUUUCCAGACCGCUCCGCCAGGAAAAUACCCAAACGGCUUCAGAGACGUGCUGAGGGAGCUUAUCCGGGAGGAGGGAGUCGUGUCUCUGUACAAGGGCUUCACAGCCGUGAUGAUCAGGGCGUUUCCCGCCAACGCGGCGUGUUUUCUUGGCUUUGAAGUUGCCAUGAAGUUUCUUAACUGGGUGGCGCCAGGUCUGUGAAGACCCAGAGGCCUUUGGAAAGUGGCGAGAAGGAAGCGAGCACACGUCUGCCUCAGAGGAAUAAAAGAAUGAUCACUUGACGUUUCAGGAAUAAUUUUUUGCCUAAUACCUGUUUGCCUUCCUCACGUUCUUCAGGCGGUGCUGCAUGC